AGAGAGAGAGAGAUAGAGAGUUGGGUCAGCAGGCAGUGGUGCGAAACCAGCAGCGCGCGAAAGAAAUAAGCGAGAUCCAGUCCGCAACCAGGUCAGUGUACGCCCCCGAGCAACCCCCCUUGCGCGCGCCAGGACACACUCUUGCACGCAGCAGAGCAGAGCAGAGCGAGAUAUAUAUACAUAACGAUAUAGAUAUACGUAAAGGCUAUUAUGUUCGCUCACCACUCGACACGCUGCUGCUGCUGCGACUCUGCGUUGAUUAUUACGAGCAGCAGCUCCGUUUGAAGACAAAGGGAUACGCGCGCGAGCGAGCGACGACGAAAUUUCAAUUUCCCAUCGCACCACACGAUGGCUGCUGAUUAUUCGGCUGGUAGUGGCAUUUAGCUCGCACUUUGACAGCUCGUAGCGUGGCUGUGCUGUGGGCUAUGGACCAGAGAACGUCGUCUUGCUGCAUGAGUUUGCUCGAGACCAGCAGCGCGUUCGCGAGCGACCCCAUGGACAUGGCCAUCAUCGACAAGGUUUGCCAGGAGACUAAUUGGCCGUGCGACGACAACAACAUCGUCACCUCGUCGACUUUUUCCGAUUCCGUCUCCGUCAAUAAUAAUAAUAAGAAGCAACUCAUCAGCAAUAAGCUUCUGUUCCUCACAGUUGAAUAUAUUGAUGAUCAAGCUAAGGAUUUUGGAAAAAUUUUCCCGUUCAAUGAGGCUCCAUUUUUGUCACGAGCUAGUUCACCGCUAUCGGAUUUUGAACACCGUGUCAGUCCCCAUGAUCCUAAUAUGAGUUCAGCAGCUAGAUAUUCACCAACCCCAGUGCCAAUGCCUUCUUCACCAUUCAAUAAUCCAGUUGCUGUCAUGCAGGAACCCGCUUCUCCACUUAUAUCAACAUCGGAAGCAGCUGUGAGAAUAAACAAUGGUUACACUACUCGACUUCCACAAAGCUCCACUUCAUCUACCCUAUCGCAGAGCGAUAAUUCUCAGGACUUCACUGACAGUACAAGUGAUGGUUUAGUUACAAGUGUUGGAAACGAGCUAAUGCUUAUUCAAAAUUCUGGUGCUGAAUUGGAAACAACUACCAAUCCCCUUAUUUUAUCAGAAAUAUCAGGAUCUGACUUAGCUCUCACAAGGGAUUUCCUAGCAAUGCAAGAGGAACAAAUUAGUAUAAUGAAUGGAAUAAAAUUAAACUCUAGUCUUACUUGUGGUCAAGAUGCUGAAACAAUUUUACCACAUGAAAUUGAUGAAGAAACCAACGCACAAAUAUCACCAGUGAAAAGUUACAAUAAACUCUCUGGGCAGAGAGAGCAUAAUUAUGAUUUAGUUAAAAAAGAUGUUAAUUGGUCCAGAGAUCAGAUUGAUGGAAAUAAUCUAUGGUAUGAAGACUGUGAUAGUACCUGCACCGAUGCAGUUGAUUGUAAUCUACUCAGCGUAUGCACAAUCGCCGAUCAACCAGUUCCUUCACGCGCAAUCGCAACAUUGCCAAGUUUGUAUUUGUCUAUGGAAAAACUCUCACCUCAGGAAAAUAAAAGCUCCACAGAAUUUGGUAUCUUUGCGAAAAAAAGUAUUCGUCGGUGCACGCAAUUUGGACCGAUCGAGGGGAUUUUAUGUCCGUACGAUGGAUCCCAAAUAGAAGGAUUACCAUUGCUACUAGAAUCAAAAGUCGACGGUGUGUUCAAACGCAUCGAUGUUACAGAUGAAAAAACUUCAAAUUGGAUGCGUUUUGUGAGACCAGCUAAAAAUUAUGAGGAACAAAAUUUGGUGAUAUGUCAACGCAAUGGAGGUAUAAUAUUUUUAUCCACUCGAAACAUCAAUCCAGGUGAAGAAUUAAGGGCUGGUCCCAGUGCAGAAUAUGGAAAACGUCGAAAUCUUAAAGUACUGGAAAUUCUUCCUAAAAAAUUAUUAGACAAGAACUCCGAUUCUUGUACUCAAUCGCAUGCAGAAAGUGAAAAGAUCGAAUUGACAGACAUCAAAAUAAAGCACGAAAUCCACGAGGAUCAUAUGUACGAGACAAAAUUACAUAGAAAACGGAAAGCUGCUUGUAUAUCUUUUGAAAAAUACCUUGACUUUGAGGAUGAUGAUGAUGAUAUGAGCUUUAUUGAUGAAAAAUUUUUAAAAAGUGAUUGCAAACAGCUAUUCAAUGGAUUUAUUAAAGCGCAAAAAGAAGAAAAAGAAAAUACCAACUCAGAAAACUCUAAAUUCGAAUUUAUGAAGCAAGAAAUUAGCCAAUCAGAUCAAAUUAACGGUGUAGAUUCCAUAAUUGAUGAAAUCACAUCAAGCAUCAACCAGUGCACGAUCUGCUUGAAAAAUUUUACCUCCAAAUCAAAGUUUGAUCAGCACUGCCUGGCACACAAAAUAAAAAAUAAAAACGCACACACAUGCAAUAUUUGCUUCAAAACAUUUCUGAACAAUUCUUCUCUCACCCGACACUUGAAAACCCAUCAAAAAGAUAAGCCAACGAUUGAAUGCCUGGUAUGCGAAGAGGCGUUUGGUAGUGUGUUGACAUUGAAAGAUUUUUCCGAAACUCACCUCAAUCAGGAUGAAACCUUUACCUGCCCACACUGCCCGAAAUCCUUCAAUAGUUACGCUCUGACUCGCAAACACGCUAGAUCACAUCACUUCGAUCGGAAGCACGAAUGUCAGUUUUGUUUGAAAUGUUUCCCCGCUGCUGACAAAUUACGAAUGCAUUUGUUGAAGCAUUCCGAUCGCAGGGAGUUUCAAUGUGCCAACUGUGGCAAGCAAUUCAAACGAAAGGACAAGCUGAAAGAUCACGUUACACGCGUGCACUACUCGCCAAAAGUAAGCAAGGACCAAGCAUCAUCGAAUAAUCGUGCCAAAAAAUCAACUCCAAAAACGAACCUCGUGGAUUGCGAUCGCUUCAUUUACAAAUGUCGUCGCUGUCAAGUUGGCUUCAAGCGUCGAGGCAUGCUAGUCAAUCAUUUAGCCAAACGUCAUCCCGACGUCCCACCCGACUCGGUCCCCGAACUCAGUUUGCCAAUUCUUCGACAGACCCGUGAUUAUUACUGUCAAUAUUGUGACAAGGUGUACAAAAGUAGCAGCAAACGCAAAGCGCACAUUAUGAAAAAUCAUCCGGGCGCAGCUCUACCCCCGAGCAAUCGGAACAAGGAAUACGAUAUACCAGGUGUGCCGAAUCCAACCUUCAGUCAGGCUGCUGGCAGCAUCAAGACUGCUCCCCAGGGUUGCCAAUGGUGCCACAAACAGUAUGCAAGCAAAGCAAAGCUUCUGCAGCAUCAACGCAAGAAGCAUUCUAGUCUCAUGGAGCCCGCCGAUCAGAUACCCCGCCCGCGAAGCCGUCCACCACAAAAUCAAAACCAGCCGCCAACUUCAACAGCUAACAAUAACAACAACAAUAAUAAAAACAACGACAAGAACAACAACGCAAGCAGCAACAGCAACGACUCGAUCGUCAAGCCCAGCAACAUUUCGACGACGUCGGAGUGCAAGAGCGAGUCGUUGAACGACUCGAGCGGAUUGGCGUUUCUGAAGCCGCAGCAGCACGUCGCGCGCGUCAACGGGGUAAGUUCCGAUUUAGCCGCGGUGGCCAAUGGCCCCGCCAAUGGAAAUAACAAUGGCUUCGAGCUCUUGAAUCCGACUCAAUUUGUGCGAGUACGCGACAUGCGCUGAAAGGUCACAUCUGGAUAGCGGAGGGCUUCCCGGCUCUCCGCGGCUCUUGUUUUCGUCACUCAUUGUCUGCUAACUAAUUUUUCUCGCGAGGGAGAUAUGAUUCUUUCCGUUGACCGAGAAAAAAUUACAAUAUCCCUUGUAACAGUGAUUUUAUUGUCAAAAAAAUAAAUCGCUGGGGAUGAAUUUUCUCCGCAAAAGUAACUUUAGCGGGUCAGGCCCUCGGGCCGCGGACACGCGAUCAACAUCUUGCAGUGUCCGCAGAAAAAUAAAAUUUUCUUUUUUCCACCCCGUGGUGCAUCGCGAGACUGACCAUCCAUUAUCGCAGACACCGCAUUUACAUGUGAAUGGAAAAAUUGAAUAAUUAAACAAACAAAAAAAAAAUUAUUUCUGUAAUAAUUGAUAUUAUUAUAAAAAAAAAGAUGUGAUGGUUCGUUCGACAAAAAAAUGAUUGUACCUGAUACUGAACACGAGAGUAUAUGAUAUUAUAUAAAUAUAUAAAUAUGAAUAAAAAACAAAAAAGGGGGAGAUUAGCUCUUGGAUGUUGAGCAUCCUUUGAGCGCCGUGCACCCUGAUUUCUCGUCACUCUAUAUCUUUUUUGUCGUUAUACACUCGAUAUAUAUAAAUAAAAAUAUAUAUAUUACACAUAAUUUUUAGAGAAGAAAAAAGCAAAUCAGGGUGUCAUUGUAUCCUAUAUAAAAGAAAAAAUUUUAACGCUGUGCGAUAAGUUGAAGCUAGUCUUCGAACUAAUGUGUUGCACUCGCACCUAUGUUCGCGUACGUAGAUAUCGCUAAUAAUAUGUGAAAAAUUAUGACGUAUAUUACAAUAUUAUAUCUCGUGUCGAGUUUCAAAGAUUUAAAUGAUAAAUGUUAUUAAAACAAAAGAAAAUACCUUAUAGACUUGUUGAAUAUGUUCUUGCAUAUAUAUGAUAAAUGUAUACGGGAACGAAAGAUGUGAAAAGAGAUAUUUUAUCAAAGGGCACGAAGAUCACAUGCUUGAUUGUACAUAUAUAGUUUUGAAUUCGGUACAUUGAAGCUAUUGAUAAAUUUGAUCCGCUUGAAUAGUCUCUCUACUUAUUUUUGGCACUAUUGCAGCUAUAUACGACAUUUUGACAAUAGAUAUCGAAUAUUUUAGUAUAACUGCAGCUUAGAAGCAGGUGUAGCAAAUUCGUUUACAAAUUGAAAACAGUAUGAAAUCUCUUUCUUAUCUAACUAAUAUUGUAGCGCACGUCGUCGACUCUAAAUGUGAUUUAUUGAAAUAAUUGUGUUGUCAGUUUGUGUAAUUAAGGGAAUCUCCUUCCCACGUAUUCGUAUAAAGAUUAUGCAAAUCUCUAUAUAUGUGUCGGUUUUGCUGGAAGACGGUAAAGCCCCUUCGAGUCACUAUGUGUAAUUAGAUAACGAUGGUAUAGUUGCUGUAGUAAUCAUUAACGUAAAUGUGUCGCAUUGACUGCGACGAGAAUAGAAAUUCUCUCUAUAGUUUGAUUCAUUAAAUGUGAUGGUUUAGUAGUAUUAUAUUGAAUUAACUCGCUAAUACACGGAUCUCUUUUCGGAAAAGCGGACAUAACUUAGUGGACAACAACUAAAAAAAAAACUUGAUGUGAUCGAAUCUCUAAGUAUAAAAAACAGAAAAAUAUACGAAAAAAAAAAGAAUUAAUCUCGUUGUUAUUGAAAAAAAUCUCUGUGUCGUAGAACGAGUGAUUUUUCUCUCUCUCUAUUCCUCGCAAUAGAAAUGACAAACGAAGCAACAACAAAAAAAAAA